AAAUCUUGCGUCUAGUCCUCCCCUUUCGUCUCUUUCUCUUCGUAGAAAGCGAAGAGCACAGUUUACACAAACAUUCUCAUCAAUUUGCCCUCUCCCAAUUUCGCUUCUUCUUUGAAUAUCUCCACUUAUACGUAUAUAGAUUACAAAUAUAUGUAUGCGUAUAUGUUGAUAUGUGCAUAUUGAUGACGGAGGGAGGAGCCAAUAAUCUGUAAAGGCAAAGCGUGGGCGCAGAGAGGAGGGAAAUGCCGGCGCAGAAGCGGUAUUCGUCGAAUUAUCAGGACGAGGACGAUGAUGAGAGCUUGUAUGAGCCCCAACAGCGGCGGAAUCAACGCCGCCGUGGGAAGCAAUCUCGACGUCGCGGUGGUGGCGGCGGCGGGGAACAAAGCCGAGCUCCGGAAGAGGAGCUACAGCAACAGCAGCAACGAAUCCAGCUAGAAAGGGGAGAGCAGGGACGGGCGGAGCUGGAGGAGCUGGCGCCCAAUCAUGAUCAGGAAUCAAUCAGAGAAUCUUCUGAGGAUGAUUCUGAUGGGAGUGGAACUGAUCCUGAAGACUUUGACGAGUUGAUUUCUGUGUCACGAUCGGAUAUUCGUGGCAAUGUACAAUGCCCAAUAUGCCUAGGUAUCAUCAAGAGAACUCGUGUUGUGAUGGGGUGCCAACACCGUUUUUGCAGGGAGUGCAUUGAUAAGUCAAUGAGAUUGGGGAACAACGAGUGUCCUGCCUGCCGCAUACACUGUGCUAGUCGGCGUUCGUUAAGAGACGAUCCCAUCUUUGAUGCAAUAAUUAAGGCAAUAUAUCCAGAUGUUGAGAAGUAUGAAGAGGAGGAACUUGUGUUUCAUGAAGAGGAGAGAGCACUUAAUCAGCAGAUCCAAGCGUCCAUUGCCCAAAUUUCUCAACGACAAUCAGAAGCAUUAAACAAGAGGCGGAAAUUGAAUAAAGAGCUGAUUACUACAUCUACACCCAGAGGAUCUCGUAAUUAUCAGAAUUCUUAUUCAAGAAGAAGAAGAAACAGCCAGACCACUGAACCUCACCAAUCCAAUCAUAAUGAGAGUGAAGAUGAUCCUGAGCACAAAUCUCCAACUAAUGAACAUGGGACACAAAUCAAGCCCAGGAGAUGCAACAGACGCACAGAAACCCCAUCCAACCAGGCUUAUGCAUCACCAUCAGCCAUCAAUCCAGAAGAUGGACACAGGGAAAAUUCUGCUGAAAGAAUCAGAGAAAAUCCAGAUGAUUCCUCUGGACAUGUUACACCUGUACUAAAGCCAGAAGCAUUUACUUGGGGCCGAGGUGGUGUGAGGAGUCAUGUCCGACAUGGCAAUGCUGGUAGCAGCAGAAAUGGUCAUGCGAACCGGUUAUCCAAGUUAACUAAUUAUCUUAAGAGUGGACAGAGAAAUGAAUGCCAGCAAGACGCACACCUUCAGCUUGUUUCCUUGAAUGUAGAAGAAACACCGAGUUUGGACAAGCCCUACCUUUGCUGUGAUUCAAAUUUGUCAAUUAAUGACAUCCGUGAACAUAUUGCUCAUGAGGUAAAAUCACAGACAAAGGACAUUGAGAUAGUGUCAAUGGAGGAAAAGGACAAUGAAAAUAGUCCUAAUCAAAACUCAUCAAACUCGUCCAGUGAGCUGCAAAUUUUGCCAGGCCAAGAAACCUUGGCUGGGAUUCAAUCCAACUACCAUUCUAGCAAGGACUUGACCCUAGGAUACAUGCAAAAGAAGUCCAACAUAUGCAUCUUGGAUUAAGAUUUCACUACCUAAAGCAGCAAAGGGGUCAUCACUAGGAAAAAUGGGAUUUUCUCUUUUGUUUAUUUGGUGACUGAGAAGAUCUGUCUUGAUUUUAACUUUCAAGAUGUUUUUUUUUUUUUUUUUUUUUUGAAAGAAAAAGAGGAAUAUCAUUAAUUAAGAUCCAAGCUCAAAACGUGAGCAAUGGAGGGAAACGGAAUAGAAGAACAAUCCAUACAAUCUGACUUAGACAAGGCUUCCCUAGCUAAACAAUGGGCAGCCAUGUUCGCAGACCGUUUAGCAAACAAAAAGCUUAGAUUGGAAAAUCUAGUAGCAAUGUAUCUAAUGUCAUUAAGGAUUAAAUCAAAAUAAGAAAUAGAUGCAUGAGAAUAAAGGAUGCCAUGAAUGGCUUGCUGGCAGUCACUUUCGACUUGGAGAUUGUCAACACCAAGUUCUUUCAUCCAUGUCAAGGCUUCACGUAUUCCUAUCGCUUCUGCCUCAGCUGGUAAAUAAGCGCUACUCCAAGGUUUUCGUCUCGCAACAAUGAGACAGCCUGCAGAAUCACGAAGUACAAAACCAAAACCCAUCUUGUGAUUACUAUGAUCCAGGGCUGCGUCGAUAUUAAGCUUGAGAAGCCCUGAUGGUGGACGAGUCCAGGUGGUGCAACCGUCAGUGGACCUGGCAGCAGUGUUAGUGAUGACAUUAAUAGAAGACCAUUCAAGAAGAAAGCUCUUAGCAGAAUAACAAAUAGAGGAGGCAGAUAGCAUAAUGUGAUUCCAAAUUUUAUCAUUCCUGGCCUCCCAAAUUUUCCAACAUAUAGCAAUGAUAACACAUAAUUCAGGAUCAGUUUUGGUUGAGAAAAGGAGAUCAAGCCAUUCAUUUAGAUUAGUACUGGAGUGAUAGCCAACUCCUCCUAUGAGAUUCCAACAGCCUCUAGCCAGAUAGCAACGCACAAAGAGAUGGAAAGGAGAUUCUUCUUCAAGAGAGCAUAGUUGACACACAUCCGGGACCUGAACAUUUCUUGCUUUUAGGAUGUCAUGAGUCGGCAGUGAAGAUGAGCAUAGCUGCCAGAAAAAAGUUCUUAUCUUUGGUGGAAGUUUGAGUUUCCAGAACCUUGUUUUUUAAUUUUAAGAAGAUGUAUAUUAAUUUUACAGCUGAGUUUAAGAAAUAUUUAUAUUUAACCCAUAUGACAUGCCCAGCUACUCCAAAUUGCUAUAGAUGGUAAAGCAACAAUCUUUUAUUUUAUUCUAAGUAUCAAUGUGAAUAGAGCAUAUUGUCAA